UUUCGCGUGAGAGAGAGAGAAGUGAGCCGCCUUCAGUCAGCAGGUCUACUCCUGAUACUAUAAAUGACUUACAACUACUCACACUCCUAAAGAGAGAAACUGAGAUAUGGCUGCAGCUAAGGAGGAAACCAGUAUGUCCGCCGAAGCAUAUCCGAUGAAAGGUGGAGACGGCCCCAACAGCUAUGCUAAAAACUCUGCUUACCAGAGAGGAGUAGUGGAUGCUGCCCAACAACUUGUAAGCAGGGCAAUUGCAGAAAAUCUUGACGUCGAGAUGCUACCUUCUUCGAACACCUUUCGCAUUGCAGAUUUGGGUUGUUCUGUCGGGCCAAAUACGUUUGUUGCGGUUCAAAACAUACUUGAAGCUGUAGAAUUCAAGUAUCAAGGCCAAGGCUUGAAUUCGCAUAUCCCGGAAUUUCAUGUUUUCUUUAAUGAUCACACUCUAAACGAUUUUAACACGCUCUUCCAAUCCCUCCCUCCGAGCAGGCGAUACUAUGCUGCAGGCGUACCCGGUUCUUUCUACGUUCGUGUAUUUCCUAAUGCUUCCGUUCACUUUUUUCACUCUUCUUGUGCCCUUCAAUGGCUUUCUAGAGUGCCGAAAGAGGUAGUGGACAGAAACAGCCGUGCAUGGAACAAAGGACGAAUCGUUUAUUCAAAUUCCACUGAUGAAGUCCUAAGGGCUUAUGAAGCUCAACAUGCUGAGGACAUGGAAUGCUUCCUGCAUGCCAGGGCACAAGAGAUUGCGAAUGGAGGAUUGAUGGUGCUCAUCAUUCCAGGACGCCCGAAUGGUACCCCUCAUUCGCUUUCUUUGGUAAACCAGGCUCAUCAACUUCUCGGGUCUUGCCUCAUGGACCUGGCUAUGAAGGGAGUAGUUCAGGAAGAAAAAGUAGAUUCUUUUAAUCUACCUCUGUAUUACAUGUCUCCCCAAGAACUCGAAGCUGCUGUGGAGAAAAAUGGUUGUUUUAGCACACAGAGAAUUGAAAACUUACCUCGUGUCUCGGCACUUGACAUUGUUACUAAAAGUAGCCAGGUAUUUGCAUCUCAUGUCAGAGCUGCCACGGAGGGACUUGUGAAGCAACAAUUUGGAGACAAUAUCUUAGACGAGCUCUAUGACUUGUAUCGCAAGAGACUCGAAGGGCAACCAUCGAUCCUUCAGUCUGGGAAGGCGAUCAACUUUCUUGUUGUGCUUAAACGCCUGGAAAUUUGAUUUGAGUGACAUGUAAAAUUGGUAAUCACUUCAUGUGUCACAUACUUGAUCUUGUCCUACUCGAUCGAUCGAGCUAGUUCCUUAUUAUUCUUGUUAUGUGUUUUUCCUUUAACAUCCCUAUGUACCUCAUGCUUUUCGAACAAAACAGAUGCUUUAGCAAAAACGUACUGAACCAAAUAAGGUAAUGUCACGUACAUUACCUUCGCACAUGAAAGCGUGUUAUUGAUUUGGAAUACAGCCAAUACGACGUACACCAUCUUGGUCUUUUUCA